AUGGCAAAAAGGGCAAGGGAGGCGGAGGUGACGGCGGGGGAGGCGGUGGUGGGGGUGGUGGCGGCGGUGGGGGUGGUGGUGGGACUGGUGGGGCUAGUGGCAGCGGUGGGGGUGGUGGCGGCAACGGUGGGGGCGGUGGCAGAGGCGGGGGCGGUGGUGGGGGCGGCGGUGGACGCGGCGGCGGCAGGGGAAGAGGUGGUCGAGGAGGUGGUGGCGGCAGUGGUGGUCGUGGAGGCACUAGCAGUGGCCAGAGCCCACAGCACUCUCCGUCGCCCCAGGAGAUCCGUGCUGGAGAGGCUGCUGCUCUAG